GUGUACUCAUCAAUAAAUAAAACAAAAUAAGAGCAAGUCUAGCUUCCCGGUCAACGGCUCCUCGUAUAAGGCACCCCUACUUGUAUCACAAAUUCACAACCAGAAGCAGCUCUCAGGAUUCGUAGCGCCUGCAUGCAGCUCCAGGAUGGCGGAGGCCAUCGUUGGUCCGCUGGUGGGGAAGCUCCAGGAGAUGGCGGUGAGCGAGGCGAAGGCUCUAGUGGCAGUGAACGACGACAUCCGCGGCCUCCGGGACCGGCUCAUGUGGAUGCAGGCCUUCUUGCGGCAUGCCGACCCGCGGCGACGCGACACCUCCGACGAGCUCAUCAGGGUGUGGCUCAAGCAGACCCGCGAUGUUGCCUUCGACGCCGAGGACGCCAUUGACGACUACUCCCUCAAGGUCGACCUCUCAAGAUAUCCAAAUUGGAGCCAGUCCAUUGUUUGUUUUUUCUCUGGAUUCACUACACAAGUAAGCAUUCGACACAAUCUAUCAAGAAAGAUCGCAGAGAUCAACUUAAGGCUUGAAGACAUCAUUAACAAUAAGGAGAAAUACAAGAUUGAAGCUGCACCCAAUGAUUUUCCAUUGGUGACAUGGAAACCUUCUACGGACAUCUCUACUGUGGCAAAAAGUUUGGAUGAUGUCCAACCAUCUUCGAUCAAACGGGAGGAGCUGGGGAAGCAGCUUGAAGAAGCACUUUUCUGUGACAAUAAGAACCGACUUGUUAUAUGUGUGACAGGGGAAGGUGGUGUGGGCAAGGCAACACUAAUCAGAGAACUAUAUGAAAAGCCAACAACAAAGUCAAAGCAGUUUGAAUGUCAAGCUUGGGUUAGCUUCCCACCGUAUUUAAGUUCUUCAAGCAUCCUACAGUUAAUCCAUCAGGAAUUGGAGGAAACAGAUACUUGGUGUCCCAGAAAACAAGUAGACAAGAAACUGCACGAAAUAUUGGAUAAGGACCGGUUCUUGCUCGUCAUAGAUGGAGAUGUUAGCAAUAGUGAUUGGAAUGCCAUCCUUGCCGCAUUACCAGAAAAGAACAACGGUAGUAGGAUUGUCCGUAUCAUGCAAGGUAUACAUAAGCAGCCACGUGGUAUUGCUGCAAAACACUGGAUUGAGCUGAAAUGUUUUGAAACAGAAAAAACCACUAGCCUAUUCAGCCAAAGGGUGUGCAUGGAAGAAAAAAUAAAUAUUGAAAACUUUGAUGAAGUUCUGCAUGGUAUAACCAAAGGCCUUCCUCUUGCCAUUGUUCUUCUGUCUGGCCUUGUACGAACAAAGGAGUACCCAAAUGAGUGGCAGGCAGUACUUGAACACCUCAAAUCCAAGAAAUCAAAAAGGCUUGAUAGCAUACUUGCCAUGUCUUUUGACGAUCUCCCACAUGACCUAAAAUCAUGCUUCCUCUACUUUGCUGCAUUGCCUAUGAACACGCCUGUUGAGGCUCGCAAAUUGGUAUGCAUGUGGAUGGCAGAGGGGUUUCUAAGACCAAAAGAUGGGAGAACAAUGGAGAAAGUUGGAAGAAUCUAUUUGAAGGAGUUGGUUAUGAGGCAUCUAGUUAAGUUAGUGAAGACAGACAAUGCCGGUGGUGGUGAUGAAUUUGUGGCCGUCCACCAUAAGGUUCAUGAAUUUUUGCAGCACGAAGCUCAAGAAGCUAACUUUGUGGAUAUCCACAAUGGUGACGAUAUCCCUUCUUUGGCAACUACUCGUCGCCUAUCUCUACAAAAUUAUACAGAUAAAUAUGCUGCUCUGUCCAGCUCUUUGCCAAAACUACGGUCUAUCUUGUCCAAUUUCCAGGAAGAGGUUGAAGAUGACGAGGAAGAUGAAGAUAAUGAGGAAAGUGAAGAUGACGAGGAAGAUGAAGACAGUGAGGAAAGUGAAGAUGACGAGGAAGAUUCAGAAAAGGAAGGAGACAUGGAGGCAGGGCAUAAGGUAGAAGGUGAUGGCGAUGGAGAGGUAGAGGUAGAAGAAGAUGAAAAUACUGAGAUUGUGUUAUGUGGAGACAAUGAAAACAAUGGGGAGGUUGAGGGGUCAUUUGAAAUUACUGAGGAAGGAGGGGAAAAUGAAACAAGUGAAGAAGCAAAACAGGAUGUGAUGCCCAGUACAACAAUGCCAUUAUUACCAAACUUGCUUCAGUGUUGGGUGACGCCACUAUCAGGCUUGCUUCGUUGUUGUGGGGAACAUGGCAGCCCUCAAGAGAGCACCAACUCAUACAUAAAAGAAAUGUUGCAAGUAUCCAAGUUUCUUCGUGUCAUCAAUCUACAAGGCAUCGAGAUCGGUGAGAGCUUACCAACAACUAUUGGGAAUGUAGCACACCUUCAGUACCUCGGUGUCACUGCUUGUUCCUUGAAAUAUAUCCCAUCGACAAUUGAAAACCUUAAAAAUCUUCAGACGUUGGAUGUUCGAGACACGUUUGUUUAUAAACUUCCAGAAGCAUUUUGGAGUAUAACGACACUGCGGCAUGUAUUUGGUGAGGGUCUUUUCUUGCCUAAGCAGGUGGGUGACUUGAAACACCUGCAGACACUUGAAAGCAUAGAUCCUGAUAAGGAUAAUGGUUGGGACAGCAGCACUUUUGAGAAAAUGGCUCACCUUCAGUCCCUUCAUGUUUGGGAUUCUAAGGAGAAUGGAGUUAAUGCUGAGGCUCUAUCUGCUGUUAUUGAUAAAGCUAAUUUCCUCGAACACCUAGAUACCCUCACUCUUGAUGUUCAUGACAUCCCAUUGAGUGUGUUCACCAGUUCUUCCCUGAGGCGUCUUCGUACCCUAAACUUAGACGGCAAGUUGGACAUGUUGGUGCUGCAAUCUAAAGAAAAGGAGUCAAAAUUUCAUUUCCCCAACCUUAGCUUCCUAUCAUUGGCAAACACAGAGGUGUCGCAGAACUUUAUCAACAAGCUUGGGAAGCUGCCUUCGCUCACCACUCUAAUAUUGGAUGUAAAAUCCUACAAGGAUGAUCAAGAUCAACUUGCCUUCCAAGCUGGUGGAUUUACAAGCCUUACAAAGCUGAUACUUUCUGAUCUGGAAAUUGUGAAACUCGAGAUAAAGAAAUAUGCACUUCCAGAACUCACAGAUUUGGAGGUUGAGUUGUACUACGACGAAAUCGAAAUCGAGGUAUAUGGCGAGCAUGAGUUUGUGAAGAAAAUUGAACAAGUGGAUGAAUACCUCUAUGGCCGUAUCACUCAAGUUCCGGUUGCUCCAAAGAAAAUUGGUCAGCUUCCUAGCAUGAAGCAACGCGUGGCUAGCUGAAGAUCACAGGUAAACUAAGACACCAAUAUAGUACCACUUGCUGUUAUUUCGAUUUGCCUGUUCAGUAUGUACAACUCUGUCAUGAGUCGUGAGUUUAUUAGUGUGGAUGUGAUGGCAGAUUGGCAUGUCUACAUAAUAAUUGCUGGCCGCACCUGUCUACAGUAUGCAUGUAUUCCUAAAUUGUAAAAUAAGUGAAAAAACGCAUAUGUGCGCGUGUAUCAUGGUGUGUACUCCUAAAUUGUAAAAUAAGUGAAAGAAAAAACAAGUGGAUCAUUGAAUGUUGAAGGAUGUUUUUGUAACCAGAUGUUCUUUAGACUCUGUUUUUUGUUUAGAGAAAUAUAAUCCCUUAUGUAGUUACUUGUGCAUCCAUAUCAUGUACACAUUGGCUCUUACGGGCUUGCCCUUUUUCUUUGUA